CCCAGCCUAUCCUAGCAAUGGUACAUAUCAUUUUUUGAGCCUCUGGGGAAUGCACAGAAGAACAAAAUAUGAAAUAAAGAGAUUCAAGAAAUUUACAAGGAGAUGGAAAGGAAGAACCUGCAGCUGGGGGCAAACUAGAACAUCCUUUGAACUGUCGGGGCUUAGAGGUUUCAAGGCAUGGCCAGACACUCCAUCUUGUAUUUCAUCCUCCUGAGUGCUCUGAUUGACAAGUGCCAACCCUGUUUCUGUGAUCAUUACCCAUGGAGUCAGUGGUCCAGCUGCUCAAAAACCUGCAAUUCUGGAACCCAGAGCAGACAGAGAAAAAUAGUAGUUGAUCAGUACUAUCUGGAUAACUUUUGUGACCAGCUUUGCACUAAGCUGGAGACUAGAGAAUGUAACCUGCAACGUUGUCCUAUCAACUGCCUCCUGGGAGAUUAUGGACCAUGGUCAGCCUGUGACCCUUGUGUCGAAAAACAGUUUAGGGUUAGAUCCAUCUUGCGACCCAGUCAGUUUGGAGGACAACCAUGUACUGAGCCCCUGGUGACUUUCCAACCAUGCAUUCCAUCUAAGCUCUGCAAAAUUGAAGAGGUUGACUGCAAGAAUAAAUUCCGCUGUGACAGUGGCCGCUGCAUUGCCAACAGGUUACAGUGCAAUGGAGAAAAUGACUGUGGAGACAAUUCGGAUGAAAGGGAUUGUGGAAGAGUAAAAGCAUGGUGCCCACACAAGCAACCCAUCCCCAGUGUACAGUUGAUGGGCACUGGGUUUCAUUUUCUAGCAGGAGAGCCCAGAGGAGAAGUCCUUGAUAACUCUUUCACUGGAGGAAUAUGUAAAGCUGUCAAAAGCAGUAGAGCAAGUAAUCCAUACCGUGUUCCAGCCAAUUUGGAAAAUGUCAACUUUGAGGUGCAAACUGAAGAAGAUGAUUUAGAAACCGAUUUCUACAAGGACUUAGUUCCUCUUACAAAAAAUGAAAAUAAACAAGCUGCAUUCCGGGGCGAAGAGAAAAAAAGCUUUCAUGUACCAAUUUUUUAUUCCUCAAAGAAAACUCAAAGCACCACCCAUAAUUCUGCCUUCAAACAAGCCAUUCAAGCCUCCCACAUAAAGGAUUCUAGUUUUACUAGGGUCCAUAAGGUGAUAAAAGUCUCAAACUUCACAAUGAAAACUAAAGAUCUGCAGCUUUCUGAUGUCUUUUUGAAAGCACUUAACCACCUGCCUCUAGAAUACAACUUUGCUUUGUAUAGUCGGAUAUUUGAUGACUUCGGGACUCACUAUUUCACCUCUGGCUCCCUGGGCGGCGUGUAUGACCUCCUCUACCAGUUUAGCGUCGAGGAACUGAAGAACUCAGGUUUAACAGAGGAAGAAAUCCGAAACUGUGUCCGGAUUGAAACAAAGAAACGCAGAUUUGGUUUUAAGAAAAAAAAAGUGGAACAUCGGUGCACCACGAACAAGAUGUCAGAGAAAUAUGAAGGCUCGGUUUUGCAGGGAGCAGAGAAAUGCAUCUCCCUGAUUCGAGGUGGGAGAAGUGAGUAUGCAGCCAAGUUGGUGUGGGAGAGAGGGAACUCCAGUCCCGACGAGAAGGUAUUUGCUGAGUGGUUAGAAUCUGUGAAGGAAAAUCCUGCUGUGAUUGACUUUGAGCUUGCUCCUAUCACCGACUUGGUGAGAAACAUCCCCUGUGCGGUGACAAGACGGAACAACCUCAGGAAAGCUUUUCGAGAAUACGCAGCCAAGUUUGACCCUUGCCGGUGUACUCCAUGCCCUAAUAAUGGCCGCCCCACACUCUCAGGGACCGAAUGUCUGUGUGUGUGCCAGAGCGGCACGUACGGAGAGAACUGUGAGAGACGCUCCCCGGAUUAUAAAUCCAAUGCGGUGGAUGGGAAUUGGAGCUGCUGGUCUCCCUGGAGCACGUGUGAUGCUACUUAUAAGAGAUCGAGAACCCGGCAGUGCAACAACCCCGCCCCCCAGCAAGGAGGGAAACCCUGUGAAGGGGAAAGACGGCAAGAGGAACACUGCACAUUUUCCAUCAUGGAGAACACUGGACAGCCAUGUAUCAGCGAUGACGAAGAAGUGAAAGAAGUAGACCUCCCCGAGACAGAAUCAGAUUCUGGGUGUCCUCAGCCAGUGCCUCCGGAAAAUGGAUUUAUCCGGAAUGAAAAGAAACUGUACGCAGUUGGGGAAGAAGUUGAAAUUUCAUGCUUUUCUGGAUUCAUGGCUGUUGGAUACCAGUACUUCAGAUGCUUACCAGACAGGACCUGGAGGCAGGGAGAUGUGGAAUGCCACCGGACACAGUGCCUCAAGCCAGUUGUGCAGGAAGUUCUGACCAUCUCGCCAUUUCAGAGAUUAUAUGCAAUCGGUGAAUCCAUUGAGCUAACCUGUCCCAAAGGCUUUGUCGUUGCUGGGCCAUCACAGUACACAUGCAGUGGGGAUUCCUGGACACCACCCAUUUCAAACUCUCUCACCUGUGAAAAAGAUGUUUUGACAAAAUUAAAGGGUCAUUGUCAACCAGGACAAAAACAGUUGGGAUCUGAAUGCAUUUGCAUGUCUCCAGAAGAAGACUGUAGCCAUUAUUCUGAAGAUCUCUGUGUGUUUGAUACAGACACCAACCAUUACUUUACUUCACCUGCUUGUACGUUUUUGGCUCAGAAAUGUUUAAAUAAUCAGCAACUCCAUUUUCUACAUAUUGGUUCCUGCCAAGAUGGUCCACAGUUAGAAUGGGGUCUUGAAAGAGCAAAACUCUCAACCAACAGCACAAAGAAAGAAUCCUGUGGCUAUGACACCUGCUACGACUGGGAAAAGUGUUUGGCCGCCACUUCCGAAUGUGUCUGCCUGUUGCCUCCCCAGUGCUUCAAGGGUGGAAACCAACUCUACUGCAUCAAAAUGGGAUCAUCGAUGAGUGAGAAAACAGUGAACAUCUGUGACAUAGGAGCUAUAAGAUGUGCCAACAGGAAAGUGGAAAUACUGUAUCCUGGGAGGUGUUCAGCCUAAAACAAUCACUGAAUAACAGAUUUACUGUCCCCAAAUAA